GCAAUCGCUGGAAAAACCAGCAGCGAGCGAGAUUGACAGAGCUGAGAAAUUUGAGAAGUAAACUGUUUCAUUUUCCCUGGAAAGAAUUUGAGAAAUUUUCCCGGAAAAAUGCAAAGUCCAGAGGAUAUUCGGAAUCUCCCCAUCGAUAUCACCUUUUCUCGUCUCGUAGAAUGGCUGGUUGAUCGGAAGAGAAUACCAGCCGAUUGGAGAAAACGAUUCACUGCAGUAAGAGCUCGAAUAGCGAAAGAAUUCGCGUCGCUUCCGAAAGAUAUCGAUCCCUAUUUCCAGACAUUAGACCCUGAAGGAAUUGGUUACUUGGAGGCUAAACAAAUAUAUGGUAUUCUUCUAAAGUCUACUCCAGAAAGCCGGAAUAUAUUUGGCAGGUUAUCUGGUGCCGCUGGUGCUUGGGAGGCAAUUGUGCGAUCUUUUGAAAAAGAUUAUGUUUACCUUGGUGAGGCUGCUCUAACGAUGGUCCAAAAUGUAAAUUAUGAGAUACCAUAUCAGAAAAAGCAAGUGCAAAAGAUUCAGCAACACCUGGCAGAACUGGAGCGCAAAGAAGCUGAUAUUAAAAGGAAUGCGGCUCUAUCAGCAGCCAAGUAUGCAGAGGCUUGCCAAGAGCUUGGUUUGCAGGGAAAAAAUGUGAGGUUAGAGCUUCUAGAGACUGCAAAAUCACUUCCAAGCACAUUUAGCAGGAUUUUAGAAGUUUUAAAUAGUGACUCUACAUCACAGGCUAUGGAUUAUUAUUCCAAUUUUGUCAGAGAUGCUCAUACAGAAAUGGAUAAAUCUAUUAAGGUCUUGCCGAACUUGAGAGACAUACGGGAACAUCCACCAUCUUUGAAUGUGUCUGUGGGCGUUGAUAUUGUUGAUCCUGUGAAUGUUCAAUCCAGCUAUAAUGAGUCUGACAAUGCAAGGGACAUGGACAUUAGUGCAGAUACAAUUGAUUGGGAUAUUUCUGUGGAGAGUUCUCAGAUUGAUUGGGAUAUUGGUACUGUAGAAGAAACUGAUGAUACCGGUAAUGGUUUGGGCCCUUAUGAAAUAGUUAAUGCCAGUGAGAUCUUACAGAGUUCUUCGCCAAAUGAUGUUGUGGAGUCUGAUCACUUCCCAUCAAAUAAAGGUGUGAGUGAUCAACUACCAGAGAUUUCUGUGUCAGAGAUAUCUUGGGAUAUUAGUGUUGAAACUCCUCAAGUUGAUAUGAUUGAUGAUUUGAACUUGCCAAAUAUCGGCUCCGAGAAUCAGAAAUAUGUUCUUGGUCGUCUUACUCAAACUACUGAAACCACUGAAACCAAGGAAGGCAGGAGCCAACUUUUAGAGACAGAGUAUAGGAAUAAGAUUCUUGAUGAUCUGUAUGAGAUCAAAUCAUUUUUAAAUCAGCGGUUGAUGGAGUUGAGGAAUGAGGAUACUCUGUCCUUGCAACAUCAAGUGCAGGCAGUUGCUCCCUUUGUGUUGCAGCAGUAUGCUCCUGAUGCCAUUGACACAAUGUUACAUGAUAUUUCUUUGGCCAUUUCCUUGCUGACAAAUAGGAAGACACGGGACUUGAUAAUGAUUCUUAACUCGAAAAGAUUUCUAGAUAGACUAGUUAGCACAUUGGAGGAAAAGAAGCACCACGAAGUGAAGUUGAAAGAUGGUUUGAAGGACUUGACUAUCAAACGCAUGGAGCUGCAGAAUUCAUUAUCUUCAUCCUGGCCAAAGCAGGAAGCAGCUCUUGCAAAAACCAGGGAGCUGAAGAAGCUAUGCGAGAGUACUCUUUCAUCUAUGUUUGAUGGAAGACCUGUAAAUAUCAUUGGAGAGAUUAAUGCUCUUUUAACUAGUGGCCUUGGUGCGUGAGGAGAUGUUUGUUCUUUGGUGACUACAAAACCUUUCGAAUUGUAAUAUGUCAGAUUGAAGUGGCAUUCUUUUCGGUGGUAGCUAUUUGUUGUUUUAACUUUUUCCAUACUCGACUUGUAAACUGGUGCCCUUGUUCAUAGCCUCCAAUUCAAUUGGCCUGGUGUAUAACAUAGAAAUAAUUUAAAA